AUGGCAUCGAUAAGGCACACGGUUCGACCGGCAUGGCCGCUACCGUUGCAGCUGAUAAUCGGCGGCAUUUGUGUGCUGCUGAUGCUACAGGAUCAUCCCCAUCAUGUGGCGGAGGCCACGAUACCGACGAUUGAUAAUAUCGUAAAAAUCCUACAAUCACCCGUCGUGCAGCAACUGAUUCUUCCCCGACCACUGGUAGCCGCCGAUCCGAGUGUUGUUGCAAACGAACCAGCAACCAUGCCAGCCCCGGUCAAGAAGGAUCCCAAAAAACCAUCGCACAUGAGCGACGACAAGGAAAAAGCGCCUUCGAAAGACAGACAGGAACAAAACGGUGCUCAGGAUGAAAGUGUCCGUACGUUCCUGAUACCGCGCACCCGCUCCCUGCCGGGUUGUCCGCUGUGCGAUGCAUCGGUUUACAGUUACUGCGACGAAAAGGUGUACCAUGACGCGUGCUGCUGUGGUUCCAUCAACGGGGCGGCACCGUUCGGUGGUGGUGGUGGUGGAUUUGGCGGAUUCGGAGGAUUCGGUCGGCAAGGUGUCGGUCGACAAGGUUUCGGUGGCGGCGGUUGCGGAUACCAAGGUUGCUCCUUCCUGUACGCCAACUCUUGCUACGAACACCAGUUGAUAGUGAACUGUUGCUGCAAUUCGCCAUACUAG